UAACUGUGGGAAACACGCAGAGCGCAGCGGCAGGAGGCGCACGGACUUUAAACUCAAGACAUUUCCACUAAAAACAUGUCUCCUGCGAUGCUCUGAACCCGCGGACGUGGGAUCGCACCGUGUCUUCUUGAACAGGACUGCAUCUGCUUACUAUAAAGCCCAGUGUUGAGUGAUGCCUCCAGGCUCCAGCUCCGACUGCCCCCACCUCGACUGCGUGGGGGAGAUCACCAAAGAGGAACUCAUUCAGAAAUCUCACGGCCAGUGUCAAGACUGUGAAGUGGGAGGACCAAAUCUUUGGGCAUGUCUUGAGAACGGAUGCUCGUAUGUGGGCUGCGGAGAGUCUCACUCUGACCACAGCACCGUCCACUCACAGGACACGAGACACAACUUGACCGUGAACCUAACCACGCUCCGAGUCUGGUGCUACGCCUGCGCCAAGGAAGUCUUCUUGGAGCGAAAACUCGGACCAAACUCGCCCACCGGCAACAGCAAAGCCCUGACCUCUGCCCCCAGCGCUGCCCAGGAGCACAGCAGAUCCCCCGUGAGUCCGACGUCCCUGAGAGUGCCCUCUAGCGGUGGCACUGAGGACUUGGGCAUGGAGACAGAAGAGGAAGAGGACCCGCGGACGAGAGGACUGACCGGUCUGAAAAACAUCGGGAACACGUGCUACAUGAACGCAGCUCUUCAGGCCCUGUCCAACUGCCCGCCGUUGACGCAGUUCUUCAUCGAAUGUGGAGCCCUGGUGAGGACGGAUAAGAAGCCAGCGCUCUGUAAAAGUUAUCAGAAACUCGUAUCAGAUCUGUGGCACAAAAACAGACCUUCGUACGUUGUGCCGACCACUCUUUUCCAAGGGAUCAAAGCCAUUAACCCCAUGUUCCGAGGAUACUCACAGCAGGAUUCUCAGGAGUUCUUGCGCUGCCUGAUGGACCAGCUUCACGAGGAGCUGAAGGAGCCUCUCCCGGAGCCGUACGACGGCUCUAGCACCGUCUCUGUGGAAACCGGCCCCGAGGAGGACACCCGCAGCCAGUCGGACGAUUUCCAGUCCUGUGAGUCGUGCGCAAGCAGCGAGAAGGCAGAGAACGAGCUGCAGGGAGGAGGGGGAGACACCAACGAGGCGGAGAUGCUGAUCCCGGAGCAGGAGGAGAUCCAGGCCAACCGCGAGUGGCAGAAGGAGAAGAACAUGAUAAACGACUUGUACAGAUCCACAGGCAGAGGAGGAGGAGGAGGAGAAGGGGGGUUGACGGACGCAGACAAAGACAUAGACACCACCAACGAGACAACGCCCAUCAUCAGCACACAGGGGGCCCUCAAAGUACAGAGCCGCAUCUCAGAUUCAUUCCCAGACAUCCAGUUAUCCAACAACACGGUUCACCCGAGGCCCCAGAGCCCAGUGCCCAUGGAGGGUCACAUUCCCAAAAUGUCCACAAGCCCCCCCAAGUCCUCAGGAUGGCCCAGUCUCAACCCCGCCCACAAAAAAGCGAUGGCCACGUUUUCUCCACCAAAGAACAAACGACAGAAGAAAUAUCGCAGCGUCAUUUCAGACGUGUUCGAUGGGACCAUAGUCAGCUCCGUGCAGUGCCUCACCUGUGACCGGCUGGGUCACAGAGGCGGCAGUCUGAGCGCAGAGGCCCACACUUCCCUUUACACACACGCACUUCCUCCAGCUCUUCCAGGGGGACCCCAAAGUGUACGAAGUUUAAAACCACAGUGGAGAAAUUCCUGUAUCACCACAAGACAAUACAGGAAGGUGUCUGUGACGUUGGAGAACUUCCAGGACAUCUCAUUGCCCAUUCCCGGUAAAGAGGACCUGGCCAAGCUGCACUCCGCGUCCCAUCAGACGGCCCUGGUGAAGGCGGGCUCGUGUGGGGAGGCCUAUGCUCCUCAGGGCUGGAUCGCCUUCGUCAUGGAGUACAUCAAGAGCUGGUUCUGGGGCCCCAUGGUCACGCUGCAGGACUGUCUCGCUGCUUUCUUCGCUCGAGAUGAACUGAAGGGGGACAACAUGUACAGCUGUGAAAAAUGCAAGAAAUUACGAAACGGUGUCAAAUUCUGCAAGAUGCAAAGUCUCCCAGAGAUCUUGUGCAUCCACUUGAAGCGUUUCCGACACGAGCUGAUGUUCUCCACAAAGAUCAGCACUCACGUCUCGUUCCCUCUGGAGGGUCUGGACCUGCAGCCUUUUCUGGCCAAAGACAGUUCAGCCCAAACCACAAACUACGACCUGCUGUCUGUCAUCUGUCACCACGGCACGGCCAGCAGUGGACAUUACAUCGCCUACUGCCGGAACGACACCAACAACUUGUGGUACGAAUUUGACGACCAAAGUGUUACCGAAGUGUCCGAGUCCUGCGUGCAGAAUGCAGAGGCCUAUGUGCUCUUUUACAAGAAAAGUAACGAUGACGCGGUGAAGGAGCGGAGGAGGGUGUCUGGACUCCUGAACAUGAUGGAGCCCAGUCUGCUGCAGUUCUACGUCUCCAGACAGUGGCUCAACAAGUUCAAGACCUUCGCCGAGCCUGGACCGAUCUCCAACGACGACUUCCUCUGCAUACACGGAGGCGUACCACCAAACAAAGCCGGUUACAUCGACGACCUGGUUGUGAUGCUUCCGCAGAACGUCUGGGACCACCUCUACAGCAGAUACGGAGGGGGCCCUGCUGUCAACCACCUGUACGUCUGCCACACUUGCCAAAUCGAGAUCGAAAAAUUGGAAAAACGCCGGAAAAAUGAGCUGGAUAUGUUUGUACGGCUCAACAAGGCGUUCCAGGAGGAGGAGUCCCCGGUGGUCAUAUACUGUAUCAGCAUGCACUGGUUUCGGGAAUGGGAGGGCUUUGUCAAAGGGAAAGACAAUGAUCCACCAGGACCAAUCGACAACUCAAAGAUCACAGUGAAUAAGAAUGGGCAUUUAGCUCUCAAACAAGGAGCUGAUUCGGGGCAGAUCUCCGAAGAAACGUGGAACUUCCUCCACUCGAUUUACGGCGGCGGCCCCUUGGUCACGGUUCGCCCGAGCGUCACCCACCAAGAGUCGGAAACGAGCCAAUCGGAAGAGAAGAUCGAAGUGGAGACGCGGUCGCUUUAAAUUAUUCCGAAGAACACAUGAACUCUGCAAGGAAAAUCAAACUAAACGCCUUCAUUAUUUUGCACUUUUUAUUUCAAAUGGACCUCGCGUUUCCUCGCUUCACGGCAGCCUUUUGACAGCUCACAUGAAGAAAAAAUGACUUGCUGUACAGAUGUGUAUAAAAACGAGAAUAAGUCACCGUAGCAUUGUAGUUUCCACGUUUUUGAACCAAGCAUUUUGUUGAUGUGCAGCUAUGAGUCCUUCUGAAUGCCAUAUCUGUUUGUUUUGUUUCUUUUUUUUCCUCGACCAGAAUUUUACGUGUUGCUGAAAAUGAUCGAUCGAAAUAGGUUGUGUUCACAUUAGGAGCUGUCACAAGUAUCGAAAAUCUGAUGCUAAAACAGUUUUCCAACUAACCAGACGCCCAUGGACCACUGAGGGAUUGCACAGAUCAUCAACGCGGUAUCGGUAUUGAGUAUCGAGUCUAUUCUUUAGAAUCGAGUUUGUAAUUUUAGUUUCGUCACAACACUAGCUUUCUGUAACAUUCUUACAAUUUUGACCUGGCUUAAGAUUAAUAUCGCUGUAAUUACUGAACCUAACUACAUAAAACAAAACCGGCACAAACUUUAAUUCCUUCUCUAUCAGCACAAAUGAACUUUAACUAACUAAAGAAAUAAUAAUAAAUAAAUAAAAUGUGAACGCAACCUAUUACAUUGUUGAUUUUGCUGUAAAUAAGACUCACUUCUAUUGUAAUGAAUGGUGGAGAAAGAGAUAUUUGUGACACUGUUAAAAGGUUAUGAAGGGACUUAAUGGGAACUAGUCUCAGGAAUGAUUCUGUAUGUUUUUGCACUGAUCUGUAGAUGACUUCAAAACGGCGUGUUUUCAAUGCAAAUGUGUGGUUUGUAUUAGACCAGUGAUUCUCAAACUUCACGUACCGCCACAGAAAAUAUCGAGCUUUCAAAAAUGAUGUUAAAAAGGGGGUAUUACGCGAAAUUGGCCAUGCUAUAACUUUGUUCCCUCAUCAAAAACAUGCCUAAAGAGGUUUUAGCAUGUCUGAGUAAUCUAGCGAUCUCUCCCAGGCACUAUUCGAACCCUCCUUACUGUACGAUUAGCUGUACGAUUCGGUCCAAUGCUCCCACAUGACAAUUCUCCAUAAAUACACAAAUAGGAUGCAAAACGAUACACUACGACUUCACAAACCUGAUUUAAAUUAUUGAAAUGUUGUAAAGUGAUAGUGGAAGACGGAGAGCAAAGGGAGGAGGAACUCAACGAGCUUCAAAAAUGAAAAUGAAGCUUAUUAAAUAUGUUCAUACCGUAUUUUCCGCACUAUUAGGCGCUCUGGAUUAUAAGGCGCACUGUCAUAGAAUGGUCUAUUUUCUAACUUUUUUCACAAAUAAACCGCACCGGACUUUAAACGAAACACAACAGUUGGAUGGGUCCAUGGGAGUUUGUGGCGUUCACGGUGACUCUGGGCUUUGUUCAGUUGUGGCGUGUAGGGAGGGUGCUGUCUGGGAUCGCUGGAUUGUCGGCGUGUUCGCAGUGACUCAGUUGUUCAGUUGUGUCUAGAAGUGGCACAUUGCACUCACUUUUUCAGUUCAUUCGUCCGUUCCUCGUCGGCGUGGAGUGACGAGUGUGGCUGUGGGUGUUUUUCGCUGUGCAGUCGCUGUUUCCAUGUUCUGCGGAUAGUGCGGCUUUGUAGUUUACUGAAGUUGUGCUGGGACACCCGAGUGGAUUCGUGUAUAGGUUGUAGGUUGCUUUGGAUUGUGGGGCGCGUACUAAUAUUUUUUGAUGGGGCUGGAGGCUUUUGAGUGCGCCCUAUUGUGUGGAAAAUACGGUAAUUUGUUUUCUGCGAAUAUACGAUUUCCAAAACAAUAAUAAGUAACAUGGUGAUCUAAGUUUAUAAUGUGUUAGCAAUUAAAACCCCGUAGAUGUGUAAUACCCCCUCUUUAAUUACUAAACAUGACUUAAAAGUACACUGUGUAACUUUUCUGGUGAUGGGCCUGCGACCUGCUUGUCUCCAUGGAUAUGUUCUUGCGUUUCCUGAAAUGUUCCAAAGCAUGCUGUUAAACCUAUCUCGCUUACAUUUACUCAUUUACAAGUCUUUUAGUGCACAAAAAUCCCUUGAAAAACAUAGGAGCGGGGAUGUCUUUCUGCAAAUCUGAUAUGUUUAAUGCCGUACUAUGGAACAUUCCCGGCAAAGCAAUAACAUAUGAAAAAGCAUGCGCCUAUCCUCUACUAGAAAAGUCAUAAUAUUGUCUAAAAUAGGUCUAAACCAGGACUGAAACUCUUCGAAAACGGGUCUGAACUGGUUUGAAGACCCACUGACCGCUGGUACCGGCCCCAGUUUGAGAACCACUGCAUUAGAAUGUACCAUUAACGAAAGUACGUUGGCAGCACUUGACUAUUUAUCACAAACAAGAAGUGAAUUUUGCAUUUAUGUCGAUAGAAUUUGCAUAUUUAAAGAGAAAAGACUACAUGGGCAGGCCACAAGCUGUUUAAGAAUGCAUGCUCGAAAUCAUAUUACACAUGUUCACGUUUAACCGCAUGUACAUUGAAAGCUGCUCACAAUCUCUAGAACAGUGUCCACUAUAUUAAACUAAACUAGAGAAAUCGCACUAUCUUUAAUCUUAGAAAACUAAUCAAUUAAAGGCAUUAUUUUUUUUCAGAAUUAAAGGGCAUGUUGCUUCAAGUGUUGGCUACCGAGGGAAUCGGCCAACAACAAAUCACUGUAAUGCUACGAGAAGUCAUUGCAUAUGUCCCUAUACGUAAGAUCUUUGCUGAUUUUGCAAGCUGGCACUAUUAAAACUUGAUAAAUCCAUGCUGAAAA